AUGUCAGUUGCGAAUUUGCUAGAUUCUAGGAUUUGUGGAAACUCAUUAAGGCCAAAUGAACUUAAGCAAGUGAUUAUCCCAUACCUUGAAGAUGCUUAUACAUUUGAAGCUGCUGUAUAUAUCUACAGAGUAAUUCAAAAAUAUAUCACCAAAAUUGAUGAAUUUUCUGGGCUAUUACUUUGGGCCUUAGUUAAAUAUUCGAAUCCAAUAAUCGAACUUGCUUGCCAAGUUCUCUCAAUUCCGGCUUCUUCAGCCGCUGUAGAACGAUGUUGGUCUAACUUUGAAUAUAUUCAUAACCAAAAUCGUGUACGGUUGAAUAAUGAGCGA